CAAGAUGCUGCAUCAACUAGCCCUCAGCAGUGUGUCCUGGCUGCUACUCUCCUGCCUGAUGCUCCUAUCUCAGGUACAAGGAAAAGACUCCCAGAAGAAAGUACCCUCUCCCCGUAUCAGCUGCCCCACAGGCUCCAAGGUCUAUAACUCCUACUGCUAUGCCCUGUUUAUGACACCCAAAUCCUGGUAUCAAGCAGAUCUGGCCUGCCAGAAGAGACCUUCUGGACACCUUGUGUCUUUUCAUAGUGAGCCUGAGUCUUCCUUUGUGUCGGCCCUGGUGAAUGGCAGAGUGAACAACUACCAAGACAUCUGGAUUGGGCUCCAUGAUCCCACAAUGGGUCAAGAACCCAAUGGAGGUGGAUGGAAGUGGAGUAACUCUGAUAUAAUGAAUUACUUUAACUGGGAUGGAAAUCCUUCCUCUGCUGUAAACCGUGGUCACUGUGGGAGUCUGACAGCAAGCUCAGGAUUUCUGAAAUGGGGAGAUCAUCACUGUGAUGGGGCAUUACCUUUUGUCUGCAAGUUCAAGGAGUAAGAAGGCAGCAACCUGAGUUCAUCAUGAAGCUCAUGACAAUGGAUUGAAUAUAAAGAUUCACCCAGCAAGACUGUGCUCACUUCAUAGUCCUGAAUCAGAGUUAUUAUUAUGGAUUUUUAUCUUCUUCCAUCCACCUCCUUAAUCUUAUUUCAGACU